GCAGGAGAAUCUUUUCCGUGUUUCAAUCAUGCACAGAAGAUGCGAAAUUUACACGUUUUGACGAACAGGGUUGCCAGAUAUACAGCAGCUGAAUGCAUCCAGCUGAUGCGCCUAUCGAUAACGAUAUCUAAUGUGCAUCGAUUUAAUUUAAGCAAUUUAAAAAUGAAGGAAUCCAAAAGAAAGUCGCGAAAAGCGGCUACAAAGCCCAAAAAUUCGACGGAUUCGGAGAAAAAGAAAACCAUAGAGCUGCUGCACGAGUACAACGAUCUGAAGGACGCCACACAGCUCGUCCUGGGAGCCUUGGCAACCAUGAAAAGCGUCCCCAUCCGAUCGCUCUACUCCACCUACAACCUGCCUCUCGACGAAUAAAAGAACAGUUUUCUAUAUGUACAUAUAUGUACUCGUUGUAAAUUGCGAAAAUACAACCAAGUGCUAGUA